AUGCAUCUACCUUUCCAGCGAAUAUUGGUCUGUGGGGAGGUCCUCUUCUGCGCUCAAGGCGGGACCAUUCACGCUUUCAACAUCAAGGACCACUCAUAUCUGGGAAAAUGGGAUCAUCCUGAUUCUGCAAAAGAGGCAGAAGCCCAGAAGGACUUGCCAGUGAAGGAGGCUCCCAAGGAAGAAUCUCAAGAUGCCAAUGACGCAGAGGAGGCCGUCGAGGAAGGACCACCCUCGAAACGGGUGAAGCUGGACCCAAGCCCCAGCACUAUGGCUGAGACUGCCGCAACCGGGUCGCCAGCUCCAGAGAAUGGGGCGGGAGCAGAGAACGCAAACGGGAAAGGAAAGGGUAGGCCGAAAAAGGGAUCCAGAAUGGCGGCUCCUAUACCAUCUGAUCUUCCCUGGGUUGCCGUCCUAGUCGCGACGAGUGAUGGUCGGCAUCUGGUCGCCGUCUCAGGCCAUGACAAGACCAUCUGGACGUUCUCGCAUGACGGAGCAGGGAAACUGACGGAGCUGAGCAAGCGCUCAAUGCCAAAGCGGCCCUGUGCUGUGGCGAUAGCCGCCGAUAACCAGACCAUCAUCUCGGGAGACAAGUUCGGUGACGUCUUUGCCCUGCCGCUCAUCGAAUCCGAUACGCCCAUUGCUGCAACUACGCUCGUUUCCCGUUCGGAGAAGAGGAAGACGUCCUUCAAGCCCGAGGCAGACGAGACGACCGUCCACUCAAUGCGGAACCUGCGCGCCCUGGCCAACCAGAAACUACACCUGGAGCAGCACAAGAAGAAGCCGGCCGAAGCCGAAGACGGAGAUGCCAGCGGACCGGCAUUUGAUCAUGCCCUUCUCCUUGGUCACGUCUCGAUGCUGACUGCACUCGUCCUGAGUAGCCGUCCCUCUCCGUCUGACCCUAGCGUCAUCAGGCCCUAUAUCAUUACGGGCGACCGCGACGAGCACAUUCGCGUCUCGCGUGGCAUACCGCAGUCCCAUGUGAUUGAGAAUUUCUGCCUCGGCCACGAGAACUUUGUCAGUGACUUGUGCAUACCGACUGUGCAGCCGGAACGCCUCUUGAUCUCGGGAGGUGGCGACCCCGAUCUUUUCCUGUGGGACUGGCCGAGCGGCAAGGUGCUGGACAGGCAGAAUCUGCUUCAGCAUGUUCAGGCCUAUGACAGCGCGGCGACGACCUUGGCGGUUUCGAAGAUCAUCUCGUUUGACAAAGUCCAAGGGGAAAUGCAGACACAUCACAUGGUGGCUGUGAUUUGCGAACGGCAAACUGUUUUCCUUCCGGCAAACCCGCUCGAUGUCGGCAGCAAAGACGGUGAUUUAAUUAUCGCAUUGGACCAGACAUCUGAAACCUCCCGGAUAUCUUCGGAAUAUGGAGAUAUCAUGGGAGCCAACAGUUGUCUUGUGCAACUGGGCGAAGACGGGCAGUGGCUCGUCAAAUCGUUUUGUGUGCAGCCUGAUCUGUCUCUGAUGCGCGAUAUCACCAAAGACGAUCUUCACAAGGCGUUGUACCCAAUCGAGAGUUUGAGGAAAGCGCCCAUAGAGGAACGGGAAGAAGAGCCUGAGAAUACGGAGAAAACGAACUAG